AUGUCCACUCCACAUCUAAAAACUUAUUAUCGCCGAGGUGCUACUAUUUUAACACCUGAGCAAAUCGAAGAGAUUAGGAAAUCCAAAAAUAAGGUUCCUAAAUAUGUGCUAGUAAGGAAUUUCCAUAUUAAUGAAAAUCGUGUUGAGGAUAUAUGGAAAAAUAGCGAGCGUUCUCAACAGAAUGGGGACCACAGCUUAUCAAAUACAGUAGAUCGGUUUCCUGAUUCAUCUCAUUUACUAAACAUUGGCAUGGAUGAAAACGUUAUGCAAUCUACUUCGUCAGUGCCAGAAAAUGAAGUGCAAGCCAGAAUGUCACAUUUGCGAAAAUAUGCUAAAGAGCUUCAAGCUGAAUCCUGA